GCAAAAGUCAAAGGAAAGCACCGGAUACUUGCAGUGGCUCAGUGUCCAGGAAUGUCCGAUCUAUCUCUAUUAAAAGGAGAACGGCAGAUAAGAAGCUGCUGGCCGAGCUCUACCACUACCCCCAGUUUAACGACUCCAAGCCGAAUGAGCUCCCAAAUGGGGUGGACUUCUGUGACAUGGUGGCCAAUGUGGUCCGGUCUGAGAGAAACCCCUUUACCGGCAAGUUUUUCUGUUCACAUAGAGACUUAGAGAAGUUUCUCUCUUCUCCUCCCGUACGAGCCAUGUGGCUGGAUAGCUUCUGGUGGAUCUUCCAUGAAAGGUACCAGCGAAACAGGGAGGUCCAGAACAAGCUGAUCGAGCGGAUAUCCCGGCAGUACGCCUCGCUGCUGUCCCGCGGGGCCCGGCCCCACUCGGAAGAGGCUAUCUUAAACAGGUUGCCAUCGCUUCUGAGUAAAGGCCUGUACACCAGCUUCAGUUCCUGCUUCCCACAGUCCUGGCUCAACACACACGAAUUCAAGUCUUAUAUCUGUAACACCAUGAGCCUGUGGAUUUCAGGUAUAUAUCCCAGCCCACUGGGCUAUGACACUUGGGACUACUCGAACCUGGACCCAGAGAGAUUCCGGAGAGAAGGGUUAAUACCGAGGAGAAGACGAUGGAGAAGGGGAAAACAGAUGUCUUUCCUCAUUCCUAAGGCAUACUCUUCUUACAAGGCUGUCUAUAGCGGGAAAGUCCCCUGUUCUCAGUGGACUAGUGGACAUUUAAAAAGCAGGAGAAGAUGUUUAUCCAAGAAUUCAGAGGAUACCCCACAAUCACAGAACACCACGCAAGAGCAUGGUCAGACUCAGGCCUUGAGGAAAGCUACACAAGUCAAGAAAAGAUCAGAAGCAAGAAUAUAUGAGAAUAUGCUUCCUAAGAAGUCUCACCCUGCCUGCAAAAUCCCUGAGAUGUCUUCCAACCUCUUCAACAUUUACGGGAAGAGUCCUCUGGUUGUUCACUUCCUGCUGAACUACGCCACCCUGCGGCAUUGUGGCAGAGACGUGCUGAUGACCAGGACAGAAAUAACCAAGACCGUCCCUGAGUCCAGCCUGACCUACGCUGAUGUCAUCAACCUGACCCUGUGCAACAUGAAGAAGCGAAGGGACAACCUCCUGCAGCUGACCCAGUUCCGGUGCAAUGAAUGGAGUUACUUUGACGAGUACCUAGCGGAGCUGCAGGACAACUUCCUCAAGGAGACGAAGAAUUUAGACCAAAGAGAAGCCGAUAAAAAAAGGGCAAACCGUACAUUCAUCCCACCUUCAGCCUUUUAUGAGGAAACCCUGGAAAAGAAACCUAAAGCCAGCCAGGAGAAGGAGACCGAAUUUCUUCUAAGGAGGGAAAAAGAGGAGGAAGAGAGACAUAAGGUGUAUGACUCUUCCUUGCCACUUUCAAGUCAUAAUGAAAGCUCCUAUGAUGAUUCUGAUUUCAGAGAGAUGAGCAAGUCAAAAGCAAUGCAGAAAAGGACAGCCCCUCACCUUCUGGCCGUCUGGAGGAAUCCUUGUCCAAGAACUGGGAGAACUUUCGGGAUGAAGCCUGCACAUGGGCUUAAUGUAAAACAGAAACAAGACAAACAGAAAAUAAUACCUCAGCACAUCUAGUCAUUCCCAGUCCGUGGGAAAAAGAAUAUUAAAGUUCACUCCUACCCUGGGCCAAAGUCAAGAUGUAAAGUGAAGUUAAUUCACCUUCAUUCAUUCAUUCAUGCAUGCAUGCAUUUACUUACUAAUUUUUUCAUUCACUUGUUUAUUAAUGACACCAUGGAAUAUAUAUUAUUAUUAUGUAACACAGUAAUCAUAGGAGACAUCAUUUUAUUGAGCACCUAUUAUGUGCUGAGUGCUCUGUUAAAGUGUUUUUAAAUAUUAUCUCUGUUACUCCUCCUGUGCCCUGCCCCCCCCCCCCCAGAUGGUACUGUUACCUCCAUUUCUCCUAGGAGGACACUGGGGCUUGGAGAGGUUGAGCAAACAUUCAGUAGGUGUCUAUUCGGUGCCAUGCCUGCAUUUGUCCCUGUGGAAACAGAUGAAUAAAGACCCAGUCUCAGCCCUAGCUGGUUUGGCUCAGUGGAAAGAGCAUCAGCCUGCCGCCUGAAGGGUCCCGGGUUCAAUUCCGGUCUUAUCUUGCCCUGCAUGUGAUUAUCUGUUUCUGUAUCUAUCUUCCCUAUGAGACUCGUGGCUUCUUAAGAACAGAUCUGUCUCCAUCUCCAUUUCCAGCAGAGAGCUGGGUCACGUGUUUAAUAAACGGUGCUUAUAUAAACUGUCAUGCGCAUGCCUGUUUAGGUAGCUAUGUGCCAAUUUUGGAGUUUUUCAAACUUGGAAAUAAACCUAAAUAAAUGAGA